CAAUGUCAAAAAUCAUACAUAGAUCUAUGCCAAGAUGACGAAUGUCUGAUCGGGUGAGUGGUAUGCGUACAAAUGCGAUGAGUGACGGAGGAGCUAGUCAGAGGAAGAGACCAGAUAUGCGUGGGCCAAAUUGAGGAUAAGUAAGUGGUCAGGAAAGGGGUACGUCGUCGUGAUGUCCAUUUCCAAGUGAUGGCGAUCUGAAUCUCAACAGGGAACCUAAGUGGGACGCAGAGAGCGCGGCUCAACGACUGGCCGUGACCGAUUUUGCGCGAGUAGGACGUGAGUCAGAUCGUGUGCCCAUCGAGCCGGUGCCAGCACCUGAGUGGGGAGCUGGUAAGUGAACCGAGCGCGUGUGAGCGGCCCGCAAGGAAGUUCGAGUGGCAAUGAGACGAGAAGAGAGGAUCGCACUAGGCGUCUUUAGUUUCGCGGUAGGACCUCCUACCGCACCUCUUUUCGUGUUUCCUCCAAUAGGCCUUGAAUUUGAUCGUGUAGCCCCGUUCGAGGCCAUCUUCCCAUUGAGGCGACUGGCUGCGUAGCUCGGAGCACGAACGGCACCGACGGCCUUGAUACCAGGUGCAGCAUCCAGAACUUUUCGCCUCUUGGACGCAGAAGCGGAUAACUGGCUCUCGCCCUCUUCGUCCAUUCCUUCCUCUCCCUCCGCACCGCUCGCCUCUACUGAGGUCGGUCCCUCCCAGUUCGCCCGUAAGGAAGACGAUUUCGAUACCACCGGCCGGAGCCGUGUCACCGUUGACGAUCGUCUCCUUCCGACCUUAUUGGGUGAGAGCUGGCUCAUGGCACGGAUCCGGCUCUUUGCAGCCACCGUUGAGUGCGGCCAUGGCCUCUUCUUCCCUAUUCCGCUCGAAGAAUCCGUUGUGUCCGACGUCGACGUCGACGUCGCGCUUGAUCCUGAGUUCGAUCCAGUGCGCAAUGUCGAUGCAUGUCCGACCGUAGUUAAUGCCGCCGUCGAUUCUUCGCUCGCCAUGCUCGCUUCAGUGCUGCUUGCGACAGUAGCCACCGUCGCAAUUGACAUGUUUGACGGGGCUCGCAACAUCGGAUACGUGUAAGUCGUCUGACGAGGUGGCGGUGUCCUCAAGGUUACGUCGAAAUCGUCCUCCUCGUCGAUGUAUUCGUCGUCAUCAUCAUCUUCCUCUUCUGAUGCAGCAUAUUCAACCUGGUUGCCUUCCUCUUGAACCCCUGACAUAACGACGUCGUCGCUCAAGCCACCGACGGAGCUGGGGUUCACUGGCUCACGAGGUUGCAAGAGCGACCUAGAAAAAUGCGGCUCGACACCACUCGCUGAGGCCGCUGAGUCUGGAAGCCCUGGAUCGUCGUCGUGCAUGUUCAUGUCGUGUUCAAGGAUGGGUGCGUAGUUGCUCGACGCGUGCCGAGGUUCUGGCAUUGCCAAUCUCGAGUUCGUGGGGAGGGGCGUGGGUGGAUACGCGGAUGGGAAUGCAGGGUAGGCGCGCCAGUCGUCUGCCGCAGUCGCCUCGCCAGAGGAAGUCGGAACGUGUGCCACUGACGCAGGCAGAGGGUCGCUAGGUGCGCUCGCCUCGUCGUCGUCAUGUGCAGAGCUCGAGGGAUACCAGAUCUGAUGUUCAGAGGCCACUUGUCGUGGUGCAUAGAUUUUGGAACCUUGGUCUGAUGGCCUCCUGAUCGCAUUAGGUGCCAGACCGUU